AACAAAUGAUUUAUAUAGAAAAAGUCAAACUGUAUUCACAGCACUGAGUAACUAUGAGAUAGAUUCGACUCCAGUUGCGGAAAAGAGAUAUAGAUGGAUAGCGCGGGUAGUCCACUCUCGAAAUUACAACUACCCGCACAUGUGUACCGCAGUGUGCAUUGAUACACGGAUAUUUAUAACUGCCGCUGCUUGUAUAUCCACAUUAAAAGUGGUUCAGACAUCAAUAAUUUACCAAUAUGGCCGUCUACACGCGAUAGCUUUUGUCGUGCCAUCGAACGGUUCACAGCAAGCGUUUGAUGAUAUUGGCUUUAUAAUUGUUGUGAAAGACAAGGCUAUGAGAUGGCGGACGAUCGAUAUAUUCGAUACAGUUAACCGGACUGAUGAUAAUUUUGAGUGGUUCGCAGAAAUAUUUGAUAAUGAUGAGAUUGAGCAUAAAGUUGUGGGAUAUACUGUUCCAAAGAUUAUACACCAUCUAGUAAUACCAGAUAAACAAUUUUACCUCACGGAAUUACCUGUUGUAGUUAACAUAAAUCUAUGUCCAUCAAUAUUGACGUUCAACAAUCUGAUAUCCGGUUUCUACACGCCUUGUUAUCAUUCCUGUUCGGUUCCGGAUUAUGAGAUGGGGGCGAAAUCUUGCUCGUCGUACCACGGGGUAGAGGGAGCUGCGGUGUUCAAUGUUGCCAGUAACAAGUUGCUCGGUGUUGCCACCUGGGGCCCGACUAAUAUGAAACCAUUGCCAGUAGGUUUUGCAGUGCCAAAUUCGGAGAACUUUUAUGAAGAUUAUAUUUGCGCGAAAAGAAUACGUGAUGAUGAAAGUAAUCAUGAAUCUGGAUAUCAGAAACUUUGUGAUGGAUAA